GCAACCUUGAACCCUUCACCAAGAGGGCAUUCGUCAUACCUGGGCAAGCCUUCGCCUUCAAAUUUUGUCCCUCCCACUUCCUUCCCACCAGGAUUCCAGGCUAUCACCAUAUCUCCUCGACUAAGACUUACACCCACGGACAGCCAGAGGAACCAGCCCUUCGACGACCUCUCAUGGCCGCUGAAUCGGUGAGGGGCGAGGGGCUCUUCCAGGCGCAUCGUGCCCUCGCAGCACUCGCCGAGGACCCAGAUCAGUUCGACCAAGACAGAGAGCGACGCUUCAGCGAGGGUCCGCCCUCAUGCCGCUCAAGGUCAGGAACCACCACACGCACGGCGAGCCCCGCGCCAGCAAACGAGGAGCUGGACGACUACAACGCGCGCGUGAGCAAGCUGUACCACGACUGGCACGCGUCCUCGACCAUCGGCCAGUUCGAGGCGCAGAGGCGGGAGGAGUGCCAGCGCAUAGAGCGGGCGGGCGAGCACGUCGGCGUGGGCAACAGCCCGGACGGCGUGGCGGCCGACAGGGUGAGGGAGCGCUGGGUCGAGCAGGGCAUCUGGAACCCCAGGUGGUACGAGGAGAACGUCAGGCGGUUCGGCGACAAGGUCCAGAACGUGCCCCUCAUGGACCCGCGGUGGCUGCACGAGGUGCCGUUCGAUGAGGAGGAGGACGACGACGACGACCUGUGCCCCCCUGAGGAAUUCCGGUUCGGCGCCAAGAGGAAGCGGCAGAAGACGGAUGAGGAGGCGCGCCAGAGCGCUGAGCGGCGCGCAGAGCGCCUGCGGAAGCGCGAGCUCUCGCGCCCUGUUCACCAGUUCAACUACCAGGUGUCUCGGGAGCGUGACCGGCUGCUGGAAGAGAUAUCACGCGAGGCAGGGCAUGAAGACCCUGUCAAGAAGUAUCCUGCGGAUAUCAACACCCAGGCAUACACGCUGGUCAAGGACAAGUGGGUCAGUGAGGGAUUAUGGAUCGAUGACUGGGGCAUACUGCCGGGAAUGUCAUGGUUGCAUGAGCGUGACAUCAACGAGUUGAUACAGGAGUUGGGUCCUAAGCCGUCAUCCAAGCCGCCAUCUCGGCCUGCAGACCCUGCUCUGCCUGAGGCUCUUCCAGAAGCACCGCUUUCAGGUGAUGACUCCGAGUCUGGCCCCACUCGUGUGCUAGAUCCCCAAGAGGCAUCAGUGGAGGAUUGAGGCGAUAGAAUAUAUAAUUCAGGCACAAUACUAGCGUUUACAUCUUGUAAUGAACAGUGUUUUUGUAUUACUAGGUACUUGAGCAGUCUUUUGAGGGACGAGGGCGAGGUACGGAGAAGUGAAAUAUAUAGUUCCAAUACCGCAAUACGCAACGACUA